AUGGCGGGGCUUCUCUCAGCCGAGAGGGAGCAGCCUCCCAAGCCCUCCUGCUCCAGCUGCCCUUCCUUGGCCAGGCGAGGAUGGAGCGCCCUUCUCUGGGCUGCCCCUGGUGCCGCCUUCCCGGUCUUGCCCUUCGGAGAGGAGGAGGAGGAGGAGAGUCCCCACUCCCCCGGGGCCCCCUGCCUGCCCUGGGCUUGCAAGGCCUGCCAGAGGAGGGCCACCACCGGCCCCGGGGAGCGUCGCCAGGUGGCCACUCUGCGGGAGAGACGCCGCCUCCGGAGGGUCAACCGGGCCUUCGAGGCCCUCCGGCGCUGCUCCUCUUCCUCCUCUCCUUCCUCUUCCUCUUCCUCGAAGGGAGCCCCCCGCAGCCAGCGCCUGCCCAAAGUGGAGAUCCUCCGCAGCGCCAUCCGACGCAUCCAGGGCCUCCAGCAGCUCCUCCGCCAGCAGCUCCAGCCCUCCUCCGCCUCCUCCGACGGCCAGGCAGAAUGCAACAGCCCCAUGUGGUCAAGGAGAAACAGCACUUACAGCAAUGUCUACUGCUCUGAUCUUCCAAAUGAAGCGAGCACAGCCCUUUCCAGUCUGGACUGUUUAUCCAGCAUAGUGGAUCGAAUCUCUUCCUCAGAUCAGGCUGGGCUCUCCCUGCAGGACACAGAGGUUUCCCUUUCUCCCAGUGGCAGCCCUCUGUCACAGCCAGGCAGUCCUGAGAGCCUUCGCCCCAAGCUCAUCUAUCAUGUACUGUGAACUGCCUGAGAUCUGAAACCAGCUUGGAGAACGCUUGAGCAUUUCUAAGAACGCCAGAUGCCAAUAAGGAGACUCUCCAUUAAAAUAUGAAGCCCUUGGAAUUCAUGUGGACCAAAACCAAAGUGCCUACAGGAGACACCACUUUAAAAAUGUAUAUAUUUGUGUGUAUAUUUGUCCCAUCACCUCAUCAAAAAGGAAUGACAUUAUAUUUAACCAAACAAUUAUAUUUGAAUAGUCUAUGCUAUAAUUAUAUAUUGUGGUUUUUGAAUUUGUUGUCAAGAAUGGAAGCAGUACAGCUGGAGAUGGGCUGGUCAUGAAAAUGGUCCAUGCUUUGGGAUGAUCAAAAGGAUAUAUGAAAUGUGUUAAAUUAUUUUUUCAGAAGUGUACUUUUCCCAUUGGUAAGAAGUGAACUGACUUAACUGUUUUCAAUCUGCUGAAGUUAAAUGUUGAGCCUGUAAACAGUCUUAACUCAGGGCCAGCUCUAGUAUUAAGUAGUAUUAUUGCUGGAGGCCAAUUCUGAUCAAAC